CUCCAACCUCUCCAUCUUCUUUAUUAUUUUCUGUCAAAGAAUAACUUCGUCCUGACUGCAUUUAGCACAACUAAUCUUGCUUUACCUUUGGCUUCUACAGAAGAGAUGGCCUCGUUUGACCGUUCCCUCGCUGUCCUAUGUCUCAACAGGAUCAAGUGCGACGUACGAGGCCGUAUUUAGGUAUUGUUGGACUCCAAGCCAUGAUUAACAAUCCUGGAAUCCAACAACAAAGACCAGAAAAUAACAUCCUGGCUGCAAUUGUAUUAUUCGAAAAGCAAAAGUUAUCUCGAGGAGCAGCAUAAGCUAACAUCAUCUGGAUGACGCAAUAGUUAACUAACUAUGCUUACUUAGUUACCAACUUUGGGGCAAGAGUAGAAGUGUUUUAAUGACUGUAAGGUCAGUAUCUCUUCGACCUCUAGCAUCAAACACGGCAUAGCCAUUAGUUACAUACGUUAACUACUGUUUGUCUCUUAGUUAAUUGGUAUUCUCCGAAUUCCGGCCUUCUUAUCGAGUUAUCAACACUGGUUGCUUUCUACCGAGGCAAAUUGGGCGAGCCAAAAGAAGCCCAGAUAGCUGUGAUCUUCUCAGUAUCUUCUCUAUCGUGGCGUUUCUGUGGCUCAGGUAUACCCGGUGGGCAAGCCAAAAGAAGUUGACGGCAAUAUCUUGCUCUCUACUUCUACCUAUGAUUCCCAAACAUUGCCACAUGUCUAGUCAGUUAGUGACAGGUUCUGUGCUAAGGAACUAACUGGUUCGUCAUAGUGAAGAUGCCACUGUCACCGAUGCCUUCUGCCCAAAAGGGUCAGGGUCAACUACUUCUGCCUAUGCUUCGGCGGUCCAGUCAUUUAACACCGUGAGUCCACGGCCUCCAUUUAACCCUCUUCCUACAUGUUUAAACCCAAUCAAAUAGGAUGUAGAAGGACGAAUCGCAGAGCUCCAAGCAAUGAUUGACAGCCCAGAAACAAAGGAAGGCCAGAAAAUAAGCCUUUAGGCUGCUAUCAAUCUAUAUCAUGGAAAGAAGCUCCUUCGCAGCGCCGUCCACAUUCAAAAGGGAAAAGUUAUCUCCCUUCAGGAUUUUGAUCCCGCAUACCCUUUUUGGGUAGAGGUAAUGCUCCCUUCCUGUAGAUAUCUUAUCUCUUCUAUGAAACCUGCUUACCCACCUUCUAUCUAAGGGGUACGGCCAACAGUUUCCAGCACAGACCCUCAUCCCUGCCGUUGAGCUAACUUCAUCUUCUUCACUUUUUUAAGGUUCAAUUUAUCGGGUAUGGAAAUGAUCAUUACUACCUGUUGCCGCGUCUGAGACUGUAAAUUUGUGUCAAACUUCAGCUCUGCCUACCAUUAGUGUGGGAUCACUCCUUUUGGUGUAGUGGCAGACUUCGAUAGUUUGUCACCAGCCCUCGUCCAUUACUAGACAGUGCAGCUGGCUGACCUUUUUGGACUCCCCCCUAGCCUAUGGACCGGCAGCUUGCGAGUCGCGUGACAUAUGAUCUUGUCAAAAACUUCAGCUCUGCCUACUAUUGAUGUGGGCUCACUCCUUUCAGUGUAGCGGCAUGGUGAGAUUGAGAAACACUGGAGGGGCUGAUGAAAGACCACGAAUUGCUCUUAAUGAGCAAAUAUCUAAGAAAACAGAGAUAAUUAAAAUGGAUACCUGGGUAAUUAUGUUAUCUGGAAAUUCUAACCUGGUACUCAACGACACCGGCAGUAGCUUGCUAACAGUCUUUGAUACAGACUUAGUCGCGCUGGGCAUCCCGAGUAUCUACGCAGGUUAUGGCCCACAAAUCUCGAUAAAUACUGCAGCUGGAGUAGUUUCAAGACAAAGUAUCACCGUUGAAGUGCAGCUUUGCAGCUUCUCGGUGACCCUAUGUCUGACUGGUUUUUCGAGAACGGUGUUGUUGCUCUAUCAGAUUAAGGCAUCAACCAAUUCUCAGGAAACGGGAUGGGGGAACUCUUUUACUUCGCAAUAGCCCCUGGUAACACUCAUUUAUAUAUCACAAAGAAGAAUGGGAUUAUGCAGCAACUUCCAGUAGUUUAGUUACUUGCAAACAUAUGGUUUCAAUAUAAUUUAUUACCAUGAUUCUGAUAUGUUAUACAUACAGUCACUUUACUUCCGUAUUAUUGACUAGUAAUUGUGCACCGCUGAUAAGAUAUUUCCUUCAGAUGCCAGCCAUUACACCCCACAACAAUUAGAAGUUAUAUAUAGAUGUAGAUGAGUAGCACCUCUCUAGCUUCUCUAGCCAUAAUAUAGGCGCUCUUAUACGUAGCGAUGACAAGAUUCUUAGGUGACUUGCUACCUAGCGGCCUUUUGCCUGUUGCGGCACACACAGGAAUGAGAUUGGCUUGCAUGAAGUUACACGUUUGGGCAUCGCAACCCCAUAUCUAGAAUCUACCUAGGUACCUGGGUAGGCAGCUAGAAUUUCGCUUCGAAGCCCUGGAUAAACUGAAGAAUAGGAGAAUUAUGCACGAGGUGUGUGUGAGGAGCUUCCCGCUCAGUCAAGUGUUAAACAUUAAACGGCCAGGUAAGCCCUGCGUUGACAAGUCUGGUAAGUAGCACAAAUGAAGAAAUGUCGAGACCUUAGGCCACAGGACCACGAGACGAAAAGGCCUAUUGCCCCGUGUUCCCAGAGGAACAUGAGCCGAGAUAGUGCGAGUCGUGGACAGAAGGGUAAUUUUUGACGCCCUUUUGUCCUUUUAAUAUCUGUCCCAACGCCGCGCUUUACUUUCCCUACUUUUACUUUAUACGAAACUUUUUGACUUUUACUCAAAUUUUAAGCCGCUAACCUUAACCCUAAAUUAUAUCACGUGAGAACCGUGUUCAUCACGUGAUUUUUUCUCGGCGAUGGACAUUUUCUUAUGAACUUCCAAGAUUGUACCUAGUAAUGUAGUCCAUGCUUUGCAACGAAAUAAAUCUGUUGCUACCUUUUUCAUUUCCGAUACUUGCUCUGUGUGAAGCAUACUUGCGCCCGUCUGCCUCUUUGGCCCUUCCCUCAACGAUCAAAUACAGAAUGCUCAGAGCAUUAUGGCAGUAGUCUACAGCACGCUGCACUAGCCUCUUGACACUGAGGUAAUUAGCGAGCAUGGAGGACCGCAUUCCCGACACCCCUAUACGAAAUAUGGCCGCAGCCCGCAGGGCUUUGAAUAUUGAUCAUGAGCCUGUCUCCGAUACCCGCGAGACCCUAGAACAGGAAACAGUCGCCACAAUUCCUCUCCACGGCGAGCACUCUAUCCUUGCACCUACGCAACCAACCCAGCUCUUGACCCAGCCUACCCAAGUAGUUCAGCCUCCAAAACAUUCGAAGUCCUCCCCUCAGCGUGAUGCCGUAGUUCAAGUGGCCGGCUCAUCUCCUCUUGGGCCUUCAUUACAGGGUUCCAACAGGAAUUUUUCGGCUUCCAUUGCACCGCCAGGAACCCAUUUCCGACCUCCCGCUUUUUCAACGGGCCCAGUUAGACGGACGCCAGUCAUAGAUCUUAGCGAAGACGAUGGCCCUACAUACCGUGGCGGCUCUUCGGAUGAUGAUUUCUCAGCCGUGAGAACUACAGAUAUAAGGCCGUCUACAUUUGCAAAAGCAGCCCCUAGUCCAGAGAAAGAUGGAUAUAUCUCAUCCCCCGUUUCAACAUCGGGAAACUCUUUGGCCAAAUUUCGUGAAAUUACUGCGGCUGCAUUUUAUAGCCCAGAUGGUACUAAAGGCCAAAAGCGAUCCGCAGAGACUGCGAACAUAACGAAAACGGGUGCUUCAGAAAUGGUGAAUAAACGAAAUCGAACGACGCCUCCAGCUACAGACGAUCAUGGCUUUACACUGAACCAAAUAGACGACUUUACUCUAAGAACAAAGGUACAGAGGUUACGCUCGGUAUACCCCAAUAAAUCCGUUCGGUUUUGUUUGGAUACUCUCAUGCAGCAUCGGGGAAAUUACCAACAUGCCCUGGAGUACAUUGCGAACUUGGAAGAAAAGAGCUCGAUGAACCUAAUGUCUGAAGAUGAACUGAGUUUAGAUUGUAGCAUACCACGGGUUUCCGCUGUCAAACAGCAAAUCAAAUCCAAAGGUCGAAUUCAGGACAAAUGGACAUCCAGCCAACAACUCAUCAAUUCGCGCCGAGAGUCAGAAGAUAAACCACAAGCUCCACGCCGGCGUCUAAUACGCGGCUCCAAAUCACGCCAGGAAUCGCCUGUGGACACCGCUGUAUCCGACCAAUCGACAUCCCGUAAACUCCCUAAAAAGACUGUUGCCCGUGGAAAAGGACGACUAGCUUCACCGAGAAUACCCCUUGAGGAUGAUUACUCUUCGGAUUCAGAGGCCGAAAGUCUAAGUCCCGAUGAUGGAUCACAGGAAGCAAAAGUAUUGGGGUUUUUCAAUAUUUGCUCUCCCGAAGAUUUAUCUGACAUCGCGGAAAUUACUCUUGACGUUGCAAAUGAAUUUAUUUCACAAAGGCCAUUCUCAUCUCUGGCUUCUGCCCGAUGUGUUUCCAUCGAGCAAUCUGAUACGUCCGAAAAAGCUCCUGGAAACAAGAAGAAAACCUCCAAGAAAGCUUUAGGCGACAAAAUAGUUGACAAAUGCUUAGAUAUGUGGACAGGCUAUGAGGCAGUUGAUGCUCUAGUCGCUGAAUGCGAGGCCCUCGGUAAGCCAAUAGCAACGGAGAUAAAGCGCUGGGGAGUCGACAUAUUCGGAUCAAAACGGGACGGUAACGAACUGGAAAUAACGUCUCUUGACAAGCCUUCCUCGGACGGGAUCCAGGAUUCUGGGAUCGGAAGCCCAUCUAGCCGUUGUUGUGCAAGUGAGGAUGCGGAUGACGUUAGAGAUAAGUCCCGGGGUAGGAAAUUUAUAUCCCAGCCUUCCAUUAUGAGUGACACCAUAACGAUGAAGGAUUACCAAGUUGUGGGAAUCAACUGGCUCAAAUUAAUCUACGACCAAGGCCUUAGUUGUAUCCUUGCUGAUGACAUGGGGCUGGGAAAGACAUGCCAGGUCAUUGCUUUCCUCUCUCACCUCCUUGAAGUUGGAGUUACUGGGCCCCAUCUGGUCGUCGUCCCGGCCUCAACACUUGAGAACUGGCUUCGCGAGUUUUCACUCUUCUGUCCAAAACUGAAAACAAUGCCAUAUUAUGCAGGGCAAGCGGCUCGAGCAGAAAUUCGAACUGAAAUAGAAGACAACAGAGAGAAUAUCAAUGUUGUCAUUACUACUUAUACCAUUGCGAAAGCGAAGGUGGAUGCAGCCUUUCUUCGAUCCAUGAACUUCAACGUCUGUGUUUAUGAUGAAGGCCACAUGCUCAAAAGUAGCAAGUCUCAAUUAUACGAGAAACUUAUUCGCAUACCAGCGCAAUUCCGCCUACUUCUCACGGGCACUCCGCUCCAAAACAAUCUCCAGGAACUAGCCUCUCUGCUUGGAUUCAUUUUACCUUCAGUUUUCAGAGAACGGAAGGAUGAUCUUGAGUACAUAUUUAGGGCCAAGGCUAGAACAGUAGACGAUACACAUUCGGCCUUGCUAUCUGCGCAACGGAUUGCUCGGGCAAAAUCCAUGCUGAUGCCAUUUGUAUUGCGACGAAAGAAGCAUCAAGUGAUUGACCUGCCCGCUAAAACUUCCCGUGUUGAGUACUGCGAAAUGAAUGAAUCUCAAAAGGAGAUUUAUCAUAGCGAGAUUGAGUCGGUGAAGCAACAUAUAGCCGACCGAGCGGCAGGGAAGAAAUUGACAAGGAACAAGUCGUCUAAUAUACUCAUGAAACUACGACAGGCAGCAAUUCACCCACUCUUCUCCCGUCGGCUAUAUGACGACAAGACGCUAAGUCGAAUAUCAAAGGCGUGCUUGAAAGACGAGAAGUGGACGCAUUCCGAUCCUGAUCAAAUUUACGUUGAAUUACGCGAAUACAAUGACUUUGAAUGCCAUACUCUCUGUACAGGUAGCCCCGCCGCACUUGGCAAAUUUGCCCUUAAGAAUAAGGAAUGGAUGAAUUCUGGAAAAGUUGAUAAACUUUGCGAGCUCCUGGAUAAUUAUAUCGCAAAUGGCGACCGGAUUCUAGUUUUCUCCCAGUUUACGAUGGUCAUGGACAUCCUUGAACAGGUUCUCGAGACUCAGAAGAUCAAGUUCUUCCGACUCGACGGGAAAACCAGCGUUGAAGACCGCCAAUCCAUUCUUGAUGCCUUUCAUGAGCAAGUGGAGGUCCCGGUGUUCAUGCUGUCAACAAAGGCCGGUGGUGCAGGGAUCAACUUGGCCUGCGCUAACAAAGUGAUAAUAUUCGACUCGAGCUUUAAUCCACAGGAAGACAUUCAGGCAGAAAACCGUGCGCACCGCGUCGGCCAGACCCGUGAAGUCGAGGUUGUACGCCUUGUGACAAGAGGGACCAUUGAGGAACAGAUCCAUGCCCUCGGACAAACGAAGCUAGCCCUGGACCAGAGAGUAGCAGGGGAAGAUGGAGGCGCACAGUUCGGCGGAAAACGGGACGAUGAAAGCCUCAAGGCCGUGGAGGAACUGGUCAUGUCGACCCUUGAAUUAGAGCAAGCGCCAGAAGAAAUCUCUUAAUAUCAUCCCAUGCAUUUUAUCUUUUUUAAUCUUGCACCAUCUUGCACAGCCGGCCAUGUCUUUUCUUACUUACUCCCCCCGCUUCUCCACAGGAAGUAGCACAUAGAAUACUCCAUAUUGGCUCCGUCUAGAAUAGAGACUACGUUCCUCGCUUUCUUUUCCUCCGGAUUGAACAAUGCUCAUGUGAGACGGCUAGCGAUACCCCUGGUUAAUAUCGGUUCUUCUCAUCAUCUCCAUUAUCAUUGUUGUCUCGGGCAAGCUUCCACCUGGUUCGCUGCGUGGUCAUCCAAUCAGCAGCCUAACUAUCACUGGUAUCCGGCUACCUCCCUCCGUUAGAGUUAACUCGAAUCCAAAAAUGCCACUUAGAUGUGUUCCUGACCUUCCUGAACCUUCUAGCUGAAGAUAAUCAGGGCCUAAAAUUCUAUGAAAGUAGAUAACUGUAUACGUUCGACAGUCAAUUUCCCAUAGUUGGACACUGACCAAGCGUGUUGUCAGGCUGAUAUCAGAAUCUUCCAGAAGACAUUCUCACGAUGCAGCCAAGCAAUGUCUCGCCUCAAUGGCGUCGGUUCAAUGCACCAAGAAUAGAUGUAGAGGCCACAGAGAAGCCUCUUAGAUGGCCGGUAAGACAUUUCAGCCGUGUCAACGAUAUCAGACCGGAAUAUUAGUUUGUGAGUAAGUAUGGGCUUCCUUCUUAGCUUCUUAGCUCGUUUAUUACCCCUGGCUGCAGAUUUCUUAUAUCGCACCUUUUAUACGGAGAAUACAUCUUGUCUAAAUGUAAGGGCGGGAUGUUUUAACGGAGAUCCUCGGGAAAGCCGUUUUGGGACAUCUUUGACGUCCUCUCUCAACUUCCACACCAACAAUAAUAUUAUCUUGAGCGACGGCAGACAACGCCAACGACAGUGACAGGGAAGGCCAUAUGCAUGCCACAGUUAAUCUAUCCCCGGUCAUAUGAGAAUCCACUGGCCGAUAUGCUUAUGAACUCCGCUUUCAGGAAUAGUUGUUGCCUCCGCUGUUGUUCUACCCCAGAGCCAUGCCUGUGGCGGGAACAGCGUUAUCUCUCUCGCCCACUUCGCUUCGACCCAAGCAAGGGCCUCAGCCCAUGGCAUCCGUAUAGGAUAGUUGUUAUGGGAAAAGAUCAUCCGACUGUAGCCUUUUCGAGUGGAUCUGGCAGGUCCAAGAAUCCUCCUCGACCAUGGGCAUGGGAUAAGUCAAGCAAGCAAGACCUUCUCCGCCAUGACAGCAGCUCACAGAUGGGUGAUACAAGGCGAAAGGCAAUACGGGAAGAGCUCAUUAUACCUGUUCAAGGAUUGAGGGUGACAAGAUCUCGAUCCUCUCGGCAUGUUCUCCAGGAAGAGUUAAGUUAAAAAUAUCAAUGACAUCCCCUCCAAUAAUCAAUGUCACUUUUUGACAAGAGAUUCCAGCACUCGCCAUAUCCCUGCAUGCUUCUCGUGAUGGUCACAGGCCUGCAAUAAAACAAAAGUCUGGACCAAGGACGAUGAAGAGAGCAAAGGAAAUUGCUGUCUUUUUCCUCUCCGCCGGCGUCUCCAUACACUUGGAAGACCAAGUCAUG